AUGACUGUUGUGGGAAUACAGUCCGAUCUGAUCUCAAACUGCGCUAAGAACCGAGUUAGCUUUACCUCUAACCCCGACCUCACGCGACACAAACGGACCGUCCACAGCGAUAACCUCAAUAGGAAGACCUAUAUCUGCACCUGCGGGGAUUAUGCGAAGGAGAACCCUCUGAAGAAAUAG